UGUGUGUGUGUGUGUGUUUUACCGCAGCGAGCAGUAGAGAAUAGAACAAGCAGCAGGAGGACAGAAGAGAAAGAAGAAAAGAUUUUAGAGGAAAAAAGAAAAGAGGGAAUAAAAGGAUUAUUAAUAUUGGGAUUUCAGCUAUUCGUCAUCAUAAUCAUCAUCCUCACCCUUGUUCUCACUUCAUCCUCCUUAAUUUGUCCUCCACCUCUCUAUCUGUCUGUCUUUCUACCUGUCUGUCUCUCUGGUAUGGAGGGAAGUCCUCGGAAAAUCCAGUUCACGGUUCCACUGCUGGACUCUCACCUGGACCCUGAAGCUGCGGAACAGAUCAGGAGGCGACGUCCAACUCCCGCCACGCUGGUUGCAUCCAGUGAUCAGUCAUCACCAGAAAUAGAUGAAGAUCGUCUCCCACACCAGCUGUAUAAGCAGGCCUUGCUGAAUUCACCACGGCAGAAACGGAGAGGUGUGAAGGGAACUCCAACUAUGAAGGAGCUCCAGUUCCUGGUAGAACAUCAUGUAUAUCAGCAGCAUUCGGCAUCAGCAGCAGACGAGUCAUCAGAGAGCUGUGUGUCGGAUGUGGGCGGAGACGAGGACACGGCAGAGCAUGAUGGGAGUUUGAACUCCACAGACACAUUGCAGGAGUUUGAAAAGUUGCGCUGUCAACUGGAGGCGUUUUCAAAAGAGAGUUUAUCAGACGCUGCAAAAAUUGAAGCCUGUAAUUCUCAGGACAAAUCUGACACGCAGAUAUCAACACAGCACACACACACAGGUUCAUCCUCGUCUGCAUCAGGAACAGAUCAGAAGAAUGAAAUAAAACACUGAUGAUGACGAAGGAUAAACAGAUGGAUUCAGAUGACAUUCUGUCCACUUUAUUCACUAAAUAUUAAUGUUAAUUAAAUAAACACAAUAGGAGAAUUAAAAACAAGGGGUGGGGUUAUUGGAGUGGGUGGGGCUGUCACCUACAGCUGUAAUAACUUCAUGAGUAUCAGCCCACCCACAUCACCCUCCCUGUAGUGCCAAAUUGUGAUGAAGCUUUUAAACUAAACUUCUUUCUCUUGUUCCUUUCACUCGUUUUCAUCUCUUUUCUCUGUUCACAUUCUGAGCACCAAACUUGUUAAUCACUUUAAUAAUCACAUUUCCUCUGUGGUGUGUGUGUGUGUGUGUGUGUGUGUGUGUGUGUGUGUGUGUGUGUGUGCGUGCGUGCGUGUGUGAAACAACAGUGCAUGUGUUUGACUGAAACACACACCUUAAUAAAAUAAUAGAGGUUGAAAGAAGCAGCUCAUUCCUGGGAAGGUCACAUUAUUUUGAAGAAAAAAAAAGGCUCUGCUCCUGCUACACUACUAAAGUACGCAGUUAAGCUCAUAGGGUCACUGUCAUUAUAUUUAUAAUUAUAAUUAACUCCUCAUCAAUACUGCACACGACCAUAAAACGCAAAACAUGCUGAGAGUUUGCAGUGUGACUUCAUCACAUUAACGGCUUCGUACAUAACAGACUUAAUUUUAUUUUAUUAAUGAACCUUUACAUCCUGGUUGAAACAUAAUCCUGUGUGUGUGUGUGUUUAUGGCAGUGUUAUAAAUUAUAUACAGUGUGGAUUAAACAGUGAGGUGUGUAUUUAAAAUAAUAAACUCAAAAAUGUGUAGAAUUAAUUCUGCAUUACAGCUGCAGUACCACAUUCAGGUCACAGAUCAACCUCUUCAUCUUCCUCCUCUUCUUCAUCUUCCUUCCUGCACUCAUUUAAUGCUCUUUUCAUGCAGUUUCUUGUUCUGUCUGUGUUUCAGACUCAUCUCUGAAAUCAAACACAUCUGCAGACAGACAGAGAGAUUAUGUACAAAAUCUCAUCUCAUCUCAUUAUCUGUAGCCGCUUUAUCCUGUUCUACAGGGUCGCAGGCGAGCUGGAGCCUAUCCCAGCUGACUACGGGCGAAA